GUCAGUUGUGGCCGUCAGUCGUUAGACGCGUCUCGUUAGCCGUGGACACAGCAAUCGCAUCGCUUGGCAGUCAUUCAUAAAUCAAAAAUAAAAGUAUUUAUAUAUAAAUACGAUUUGUUAACUAGCUGUUUUCUAGUUAUUAAAGUUCAAGUUUUAUUGUUAACAACAACAACAAAAUGGUCGAGACCGUCGUCACCGUCGAGCGCACAACAACAACAACUGGCCCACCUGGCGGCAAUCCCUCAGCCGGUGACAAUGGCAACUUCUGGAGCGCCAUUCGCUUGAAUCUCGAUUAUUUUAAAACUGCGCCGGGCCUCAUCAAGAUUGUCCAAUUGAUAUUGGGCAUCAUUUGCAUGGCAUGCGUCUCGCCCGCACAGGCGGCAGCAACGAGCUUCUUCCUAUUCGCCGUUGUCAUCUCUUUCAUAAUUACCUUCUUGCUGAUUGCCGCAUAUUUCCUGGGCAUACGCGAGGCGCUCAACGUGGCCGUUAACUGGAUAUUUUCAGAACUACUGACAACUGCUGUGCUGACCCUGCUCUACUUUAUUGGAUUUAUUGUACAGCUGGCCAGAUGGGCCGAAUCAAAUGCUAACGGACGCAAUGCAAAUGUAGCGGGCGGCGUUUUUGGCCUAUUCAAUUUCCUGGCCUAUGCAGCGGGCACAUAUUUCCUAUUCCUGGCGCACAGAUCGGGAGCCACGCAUUAAAAGAGUUUCAGCAUCAAAGCCGAGCAGCGAUCUGUUCUGUUCUGUUUAGAUUCAACAGCCGAUAAGCGGAACAAAUUUUUUAGUCAUGCGCACCCAAAAAAGAAAAAUUAUUAAGAGAAAAACGAAAAAACUAAGAAUCAAAGCAAACAGCAAGCAGCGCACCCACCACGAAAGCCAACUUAGUGUAGUUUAAGAUUUAAGUGCAAUUUGUGUGGAGAGUUGUUUUUAAAAUAAUAUUUUAUUAUUAUUAUUAUUAUUUUUUUUUUUUUUUGUUAUAUUUUCUUUUUUUUUUUUAUUCAUUAAAAUCUAACGGCAGUAACGAAUGAAAGCUCAAUCGCAAGUUCGCUCAGCUCGGUUCAUGUUCAUGUUCAUGUUCAAGCUCAGUUUGGUUCAUGUGCAGACUCAGCUCAAUUUAUGCUCUAGCUCAGUUCAGCCCGCGCGACUUUUUUGUUUUUAAUGUUAGUUUAAUGCUUAAUUUAACUUAAACGCCUGCUAACAUUUAAGAUCAACACAUACAAGGCAACCAGCAACAACAAACAAAUAAGUUCAAUAAAUUAUUCGUAUUUUGUAACUGUAAAAUAAAUGCUAUUUAAUUCA